AUGACUACAGCCCAACAUUUUUUCAAGAAAAUGUUAAUCAAUCACAAUAAGAAUACCUCAACUGGUAAUGGUAAUCAUCCUAGUACAUCAAAAAAGAAGAAUAUUGGUAGCAAUGCUGUUAAAACAACCAACGUCGAUGCUGCUACUCAUAACAAAAAUUAUACGUAUGGUAACAGAAAUAAAAAUUUUAUGUAUCAAACAGAAUCUCAGUAUAGGCAUCAGAAAAAGUUAUCGCAACAAAAACAAGUUGAAGAUGAAUUUAAAAAGCUACAACUGGAAAUAGAUAACAAGGCACCGUCAAAUUCUCAAGCAUAUAUAGAUUCGAUUACAAAAAGAUUAGAGGAAGAAAUUAGUCUGUAUGGUAUCGAAACUGAUGAUGAGAGCAGUGGUACCGAGAGUUACGAUGACAGUAAUAAGGAAGAAGAAGAAGAAGAAGAAGAAGAAGGUGAUACAACUAAGAGUCAUACAUUUAGUGAUGAUAGUACUGAAAGUGAACAUAAUUCUAGCGAAAGUAGCAGGUCAGGAAAAGGAGACGAACGAAAAAAUCAUGACCAUCAACAACGCAAAAAUGUUCUUACUGCAGCCACAACAACCACUAGUAUUACAAAUGAUACCAAUGUUGAUGCUGACCAUGCUAAGGGUAAUUACAACAAAAUUAUACCUAAAACAAGUAACGCAAACGAUAAUGUAGUAAUAUCAGAUCAUCACCACAGUAACAAUAAUAUAAGUCGUAGUCUAAAUGGUAGAAUUCAGAAGAUAUUAUUUUCUUCGAGUACUACUUCUGUACCAUCUAAUAGUAACGGCGAGAUUAGUAAUGAUAAUAAUCGUAAUGUCCAUGGUAAGAAGAAAAAGACUUCGGUAAAAUGGUUUAGAGGCAAAGGAACAAUAGGGAUGAAUAUCGGUCAAAUAACUAAUCAAGAUAGUAAUAGCAGUGCUACCAAUGGCAGUGUUCUCGAUAAUACCGCGAAGUCACAUAAUAAUAUCUCAGUACCUGCUCGGUCCAGCAGUAACCAUCAAAACCAAAACAAUUUUACUAACUAUAACAACAACGUAAAUUAUAUUUCUAAAACAGUUUAUCCUGGUCAUAGUCAAAACGGGAAUCGCCCCAUAGUCAUAACAUAUCCGGCUACGGAGGUUGUGGGGCAUGGCUCAUUUGGUGUAGUUUUUCAGACGUGGAUUAGAGAAACUAAUGAGCAUGUAGCUAUCAAAAAAGUGUUGCAGGACAAAAGGUUUAAAAAUAGGGAGUUGGAAAUUAUGAAACAAUUAAGGCAUGAAAAUAUAGUAGAUUUGAAAUACUAUUAUUACGAAGAAGAAGAGAAUACUGGCAGUAAUGUUGAAAGCAAUAAUUUAUAUUUAAAUUUGAUUUUGGAAUAUUUACCACAAUCUCUAUACCAAAGAAUAAGGCAUUUUGUACAUUUACGCAGCACAAUGCCACAUGAUGAAGUUCAAAUUUAUAUGUAUCAAUUAUUUAAGGCAUUAAAUUAUAUGCAUGGUCAUUUGGGUAUAUGUCACAGGGAUAUAAAGCCCCAAAACUUAUUGGUUGAUCCAUCAACAAUGACCUUGAAACUUUGUGAUUUUGGUAGUGCAAAGAGGUUAAAACCUAAUGAGCCAAAUGUGAGUUAUAUAUGUUCUAGAUAUUAUAGGGCGCCUGAAUUAAUUUUUGGAUCGACCCACUACACCACGCAAAUAGAUAUAUGGAGUAGUGCUUGUGUCAUGUGCGAAUUGAUUUUAGGGCAGCCUAUAUUUCCAGGUGAGAGCGGGAUUGAUCAAUUGGUUGAAAUUAUCAAAAUUUUGGGUACUCCCAACAAACAAGAGAUUUGCAGCAUGAAUCCUAACUAUAUGGAACAUAAGUUUCCUACUAUCAAACCUAUUCCAUUGAUCAAGAUAUUUAAGAGGGAAAAAGAUAUGAGCUGUAUUGAAUUAAUUAAUAACAUGCUACAAUAUGAUCCGAUGGAAAGAUUUAAUGCAUUACAAUGUUUAUGUUCGAGUUAUUUCGAUCCUAUUAGACAAAAUAAAAAUGAACCAUUAAUUGAAAAAUUAAAACUAUUACAGUUUAAUGAUUCUACUGAAUUUGACAGCUUAACAGAGGAACAAAGAGUUGUGGUCAAAGCCAAGUUAUGUGCUGUUAGUGUAUGA